AUUUUGGUAACACUGACAGUUUGUGGCUUCUAUUUCUAGGGUGAGGUGCAAGUUACAAUUUUUGGAUUAUUUUCAUUAUCAAUAACAUUUUACAAUGACGAAAUAGUGUUAGAUACUUGAAAGUGCUCAAAUAUGUGUCGUUAUAGUGGUUUAUUUAAUUAUAGUUUGUUUGAAGUGUAGUGUCCAACAUGUUUCGAUGUAUACCUUUGUUCAAAUGUAAUCGCCAAGUGGAAUGUGUAGACAAGCGGCAUUGCUCGUUGCCAACAGUGCCUGAAGACAUAUUGCGAUAUUCCAGGAGUUUGGAAGAACUUUUUUUGGAUGCCAAUCAUAUACGGGACCUGCCGAAGAAUUUCUUCAGACUACAUCGGUUAAGAAGAUUAGGUCUUAGUGAUAAUGAAAUACACAAACUUCCACCAGAUAUACAAAAUUUUGAAAAUUUAGUCGAGCUAGAUGUCUCUCGAAAUGACAUUCCAGACAUCCCGGAGGACAUCAAGAAGCUCCGCGCGUUGCAGAUCGCGGACUUUAGCAGCAACCCCAUACCGCGGCUGCCUGCCGGCUUCAGCCAGCUACGAGCGCUCACAGUACUCGGCCUCAAUGACAUGUCGCUUACAAGUCUGCCCAACGAUUUUGGAAGUUUGAUAUCACUCGAGUCGUUGGAGCUUAGAGAAAAUUUGUUGAAAUCACUUCCAGAAUCAUUAAAGAAUCUAACUAAGUUGGAGAGGUUAGAUUUGGGGGACAAUGAAAUUGAAGAACUGCCUGGGUUCGUUGGAGAAUUACCUGCACUACAGGAAUUAUGGUUGGAUCACAACAAAUUGCAGUACUUACCACCAGAAAUUGGUAACUUAAAAGCACUUACGUGUUUGGACGUCAGCGAAAACAAACUAGAAAAACUUCCUGAAGAAAUCGGGGGGCUUUGCUCCUUGACUGACUUGCACCUCUCGCAAAACAUGUUAGAAACGAUACCAGACGGUACCGGCGAUUUAUCCAAGUUAGCUAUACUAAAGUUGGACCAAAAUAGAUUACAUACGUUAAACGAAAAUGUAGGAAGGUGUACAAAUCUUCAAGAGCUUAUACUAACGGAGAAUUUUCUAAUGGAGCUGCCUAAAUCGAUAGGGAAUCUCAAUGAGUUGACAGUACUGAAUGUAGAUAGGAAUUCCUUGGGUGAAAUACCAAUAGAGAUUGGGAAUAUGAUGUUGUUGGGCGUACUAAGUUUAAGAGACAACAAAUUGACAAGACUGCCGAAUGAAUUGGGAAAUUGUAAAUCACUGCAUGUUUUGGAUGUCAGCGGUAAUAGGUUACAAUAUUUACCAUACACUCUAGUAAACUUGGAAUUAAAGGCUGUUUGGUUAUCGGAGAACCAGGCACAACCUCUCCUGACCUUCCAAACAGACAGAGACGAAACGACGGGCGAGAAUGUUCUCACCUGCUUUUUGUUACCUCAACUUAGUUACACGCAACAACCAGAGCUGGAACACACGUCAGAAGUCGGCAGUGGACACUGGUACAGGGAUCACAGAUUUAAUUCACAAUCGCAGGAGCUAUAUAGAGUCAAAGAUACGAGCGCAUCACGUGAACGCGAUCUUGAUGACAUGGAUUGGCAAGAAAAAGAAGAGUCCCGUACACACUCGGUCAAGUUCACAGAAGAGUACACAGAAGCGAAAGAGACUCCAUUUGUGCGUCAGAAUACGCCGCAUCCAAAGGAAUUGAAGGCGAAAGCACACAAGAUACUUGGCCGUUCGCCAGAGUCCCACGUGCAAACUACCCACGAUCACCCCACUGCGAAUGGUUUACCUACGUCACCUCCAGAGCCCACGCCCGUGGCCACGGCACAAGCUUACGAGGCAGUUCACAAUAAGCAAGUUGAUUCCGAUGUAAGAAAUGAAGAUAACGAGUACCCAGGAACUCUUGAAAGGGAUUCAUCCGAAGGCGAAAAUGAUGAUAACGACGAUUCAGACGAACUAGAGCACGGUACGAGGCGUGUGGCGUGGCGUGUGUCGGUGCAAGAGCGGGUGGCGCCAACCGGUGCGGGCGGUCGCUUGCACCGCCGCGAUACACCGCAUCACCUCAAGAACAAACGCGUCAACCAGAUCGACGCGGGCCGCGCACGUGACCUGAUUGCGCAGGCGAUUAAAAAACGAGAACAGCAAGAGGAACAACAGAAGACUGAUGAUGACGAACACGUCGAAGAAGUCACCGGAGACAUUGCUGAUGGUGAAUCAGUCGUCUCCGAUCGGGCGGAAAGCGAAGCGCGCAUAGUGAACGACCAGCGGUGCAUAGAGGUGCGAAUCGCUCGAGCCGCCGGCGGUCUAGGGCUGAGCAUCGCCGGCGGUCGGGGCUCCACACCCUACAUCGGGAACGAUGACGGCAUAUUCAUAUCGCGGGUCACCCCUAACGGGCCUGCGUAUCUAGCCGGACUCAGGGUUGGCGAUAAGGUGCUUUCAGUAAACGGUACGUCGGUCGUGGAGGUAGAUCAUUAUUAUGCAGUAGAAGUACUUAAGGCCAGUGGUCCAGUUUUAACUCUUGUCGUCACAAGAGACUCGCCAAAUUCAACAAGGACACACAGCCGGGCGCCAAGUGGAGCGAGCCACCAUUCUGUGUCGAGCACUACUGAUACAGUAUCAACCCUAGAAAAUGGACAGAUACCAACCGGUCGAGGCGUCAUGUCCAAACCCCUCAUCAUCGGCAACCAAUACGCCCAAGAAUUAGAACCAGAGCAAAAGGAACAAAAGCUGAGUGUCCAAACUCCGGCGACCACGCCGAGCGCGAGCUUCAGUCCGUCCCCGACCGGUGCGGUCACCACAGAUACGUAUCAGAGGCUGCAGGCUUCACCACCGCCGCUCACUACCCCAUACGUGCCACCAGUAUACCAACAAAAGGUGCUAGUACACACUACGCUUAUUCGCGAUGGCGCCGGACUCGGCUUCAGCAUAGCAGGCGGGAAGGGCUCGCCGCCCUAUCGAGAAGACAGCGAUGCGAUCUACAUCUCGCGUAUAUCGCCCCAGGGUGCCGCUGCCAAGGACGGCAAGAUGAUGGUUGGCGAUAAAGUUGUAUCUAUCAACGGUGUAGAUAUGGAGAAUGCACCUCACGAAGCGGCGGUAUCUCUGCUCACCGGCCACGAGAGAUUCGUGAGACUCGUCCUACAGCGGACGAUCACUUCCGACCAAGGCGAGUUACUCCCUCGGAAGUCAACGUCAGAUGAAGUGAGAGACCACAAGACGAGUUUGCAGAAUUUGAACAUCACUCCUACACCUAAGCCCACCAAUCACAUUACCGCACCUCUUGUCGGCAACCACACCGCACAUGUGGCGCCAGCAUCGCACCCGACACACGCGACACACACAGCACCACGCGUGUCACCGCAUAUUGUGUCGUCCAACACACUGCCGCAAGCACAGAAGCAAGCUACGUACGCGCCCACAAACACUCUGCCGCCGCAGCCUGCACCGCGAAGAUUAAGUCAGCCGAAUGGGCAGGCGCCCAAGUCAACGACUAACAGUACGAGCACGCCCCUAACACCUGGCGGCAAUAACACGCACGGAUCGAGCGACGAUGUAUUCGACGAUAUACAGCCAUCGCGGCCGAUCACGAACGAGGAGUUCCAAGCGAUGAUACCGGCGCAUUUCCUGGGCGGGCCGCGCCCGGCCACCGAGCCGCCGGAAAGGGGCGUCCGCGUCACCGUGGAACGGCCGAGCGCCGCGGGCGUGGUACUACCACCGCCGCCGGCCACUCUAGGCCGUGUCACUGAAACGAUCACCAAGUCCACCUUCACGGAGACCACUGUCACCAGGAUCACGGAUAACCAGCUCGUCGCGCCACUCAUCAUUGAAGAUGUGACGUUGGUGAAGGAGGGUGGUUCUCUCGGCUUUAGCAUAAUUGGCGGCACCGACCACUCGUGCGUGCCAUUCGGUGGCAAAGAACCCGGCAUAUUCAUAUCACACGUCGUGCCAGGCGGGGUGGCCGCUCGUUCUGGUAAGCUUCGAAUGGGCGAUCGUCUUAUCAAAGUGAACGGGACAGAGCUAACAGGAGCUACACACAGAGACGCUGUGCAAUUAUUGUUGCAGCCCGGAGCCACUCUCACACUCACCGUGCGACACGAUCCAUUGCCACAGGGAUUCCAGGGUCUCAUUCAAGUUGAGAUUGUUGACGCAACUGAUCUAACCAUCAUAAAGCAAGAGGGCGAGAAAUUGGGAAUGCAUAUCAAAGGCGGUUUGAAUGGUCAACGCGGAAACCCUAACGAUCCAAACGACGAAGGAGUCUUCAUAUCGAAAAUUAAUAGCGGCGGUGCAGCUAGAAGGGAUGGUAGACUUAAAGUCGGCAUGCGUCUACUAGAAGUGAAUGGCGUGUCCCUUUUAGGCGCGACGCACAAUGAAGCCGUAAACGCGCUACGUUCCGCUACUAACGCGCCGCUGCAUCUUGUCGUGUGUCAUGGAUACACGCGGCCGGAGAAAUAUACCACCGGUAGCGAAAGCGGGACGGCAGACACUGGCGGCUCUCUGUCUCACUCAACGUCAAGCCUCGACCGAGAUGAGCCCUUGCAUCAUCAUCAGCAGGAGCAACAUUUCCAACAGGAUCUAGUUGAGUUUGAACAUGAGAAACAAGUCGCAGAAAUGAGAGAAAAGUCUACGCCAGAAAAGGUGUUAGACAUAGUCCAUGCCGUUGAAAGCAUGGCUAUGGAACCCGUGCCGCCAACAUCGCCCGAGCCCCAACACAAGACGACUACAGUCGUAAUGUCAAAACACACACUCCAACCUCAGUCGUCUAGUUCGCAAGUGGUGCCCCACUCGCCGCUCGCAGUGUUUACACAGCAGAAGACGAAGGCGCAGUCUCCCUCCACACCGACCACCCUUCACCGACCACCGUCCGCAACCGACGGUACAUCUGUCGACCUGCCGCCAACGCCAUCACCACCGCCACCACAAACGCAACGUCCUCUACAACCGCCGCCGCCUCCCCCCGUCAAACAGAAACCACAAGUGCCGCGAAAACCACAAAUGAAGCGAGUUAGUUUCACUCGGGAACCAGAACACGAAUCCGAUCAUUACGAACCGUUGUCGGCGAACGAUACGAUAGCGACCCCCCGACCCUUAAUGCAUGACGACGAUGCGGACUCUAAUAGUUACGAAACUAACGAUGCAUGUACGGGAAUUAGCUCAUUACUAAUACGAAAUCGACCACCGAAAGCCACGCUGGAGGUUUCGAGACCUGUCCAUAAGGCAAGUUUAGUACUUCCCGAAGACUUUAUCAUACCUCCUCCGCCUUCGUUUGAUACGAACGAAAAUAAUAUUUCUGUUGAGAAUGAGUUGUGUGUGCCGCCCAUUGUUGUCGUUCCUGAGCGUAUUGUGCUUCCCGAGCAUGACGAAGCGGAAACAUCCAUGCAGUGUUCAAAUUCAACCAAUAACUCGCCCGACACUGAAGUACCACCUCCCAUAAAUUUUAACGCUUAUCCGGCGUCUGUAACACAACCGCUCAAUGUAGAUGACCGGCCCCGGUCUGCCAUAAUAUCAAAUGUGCCUUCAUGUCAAGUCUUUCGUAGUUCUGAAUAUCCAUUUAUUAGUAGUGAUGAGUAUUAUAAUGAAUUAUCAGUUAGUCCUAUCGGAGAACCCGAUCCGCCUGAAUUGCUGCAAGUACAGUACAAAACUUUGCCUAUAGUUUCACACAUUCCUAACUCCCCUUGCAACGUUCAUCCAGAUCAAACGUAUGAUGGCUCUAAAAACAGUACACUUCAUCAAUCAUUAAGAGAUUUAAGAGUAAAAAAUUUAUCACCAUAUAUGGUUCAUUCCACCACAUACCCUCCUCCGAUCGACCCAUAUCCAUCUUUGACAACGGUUGCGGGGACUUUCAAUCCAUAUACCAAUACUGUUCCAGUUUGUACGAAUAAAAGUUAUCCCAUUCAUAAUAAACAAGAGCCCCCCUCUCCUCACAGCACGUUAGGGAAGGACAUAAAUGCAAAUGUCACGCAAACAGCCCUGUUACAUGCGGAUGAUAGGCCUAAAAGUGUUCACUCAGAGAGAAGAGUACAUUUUGGCGAAGUGACGACUGCGCCUGAUUCAGAUAGAUUGUCAGAUUCGGAACUGGUGAGGCAAGAGAGUACCUCGCCCGCAUCCACCCUGAAACCUGGAUGGAGCAGCAAAAUCAAAGCCUUCGCCAUCGGCGAGGCUUCCCCACCUCAUUCUGGUAAUUUUGUGAAAGCAUCUGUCAGCGACAAGAAGAAAUUCUUCGAAAAUGCAAUGGAAGAAAGUCACAAACCGUCGCCAAAGCCAGAGAGAGUUUUUACAUUCCUAUCGGCGGAUGAGGUGGAGAAAUUGAAGCAGGAAGAGGAACGGAAGAUGGCAUCUCUAUCGCGUGCAGAAGUCGACUCGUGGUCCCCGGGGGAGGACCGCCAAAGCGAAUACAGCUCGCAUUCCGACGAAGAACCUUAUGAGAAUGGCCAUAGUGUGUCAUUGGGUGGCGUCAGUCCGUCAGCAAAGUCCCAGCGGCGGCGGGCUGGACGCGAUGGUGCUGAAAGUGAAGACGCAGCUACGCGAGCCGCCCGUCGAGCAGCUUGGCGCGCCGCCCGACUUCGUUCGCUCGAACAGGAAGCAAUCGAGUCAUCAAAGGCAAUAAAAAACUUGGCGGGUCCUGUGAAUGAUGUCAUUCCGCCGAGGGAUAAAUCUCCGUCCGAGAAAUGGCCUCUACCACGUAUCGCGUUACGUACAAAACCGGGGCCUAUACUAGCGGUGAAGGAGAAAGAAAAGUUAUUAGAUGAGCGCAUAACACUACGCACCGAGGAAUAUGUGUGCCCAUCCACCGGCGAGACCAAAGUGCGGACGGUCGAAUACAUAGAGAAAGUGAUUGAGAAAGAGGUGGAAACAACGCAAGAGAAAAUAAUAUCGUUGGAGCUCACUACGAGCCCAAGCAGUGAGACCGCACCCACUGACCUCGCGGAAACCGGUAUCAGCCUAGGGGAGGGCGAGAUCGAAGGGGGAGAGAACUCUCUCCAACCAGAUAUCGUGCAAGUGGUGAACCCUCUCUUGGACAAUAGCGCAGGCCUUGUCACGGCCAUACCCGUGGGACCAGCGCAAAAAGUAACCGCCUACACUGAUCAGCCUCAGUAGAAUCGACUACUACGUUUGUUCUUCCCGAUACAAAUCAAUACGCUCUUACCCAAAAACCCAUGACAUUACACCAGCCAACACAUCCCACGACUCGGCACCAGCCGAGAAUCGAACUCGAUUGUAGAUUUCUUCAACGAAACGAAUAGCUAUAUGACACUGUUUGAGUUUUCCAUCUUAUUUUUGUAUUAUAAACUGUGAUAAUAAGUUUAAAUAACCACCACCGACUUCUUGUGUUAAUGGGGCAAUUUGAAGAAAUCAACCAGCGAGAGUCAAAGGCAUUUUAAUUAUUUCUGAUCACAAUUUUAUUUUUUUAUUUCAUUUUGAAAUGGAGAUUUUUAGUUUUAUGGGUAGAUAAUUAUAUUAUGUAUUUUGAUAUAUAAUUUAAAUACUUUACGUAUUUAAUUUUAGCGAUUUCAUUCCGUGAAGGUUUUAAUGUUUGACUGUUAUGAUGAUGCUUGACCUGCUAAUUGGAGUCGUUGAGGAUUAUGAAUGAUGACUAGAUUGUAAUAGAGUACUAUUACAGUUUUUGAUGGACUAGAGUAUAAUAUAUAUUAUAAAUAAACGUCUUGUACAUAACAUCUAAAGCAGUAGAAAUUAUUGUUUCUAUUGUACACGAAGUAAGUUGGCAUCACAGAAAAGUUCCAAUCAAACUUGUUUUAUUCAUGAGACAUUUAGUUCAAUAUAAUUUGUGUAUUGCUAUUAAUUCUUGCAGUAUUUAUAUUUACUGGUGAAUAAGUAUUUUAAUGUAACAUUUUAUUAUUACUUUUAAUUUUAUUUUAUGUGGUGCCUUAGUAUCUCAGCGGAUUUUAUGCAAUGUUACGUAUUGUGAUUUUGUUCUGUCAAUUAUGUUUGCUAUUUUUAAUAACUAUUUAAUUAAUUAUAAUGUUUGUAGCAAUAGUAAUUUACAAUAGUGAUCAAUUUAUGCAUUUGCAUCCACGGGGCCGUGUAUUUGUACAUCUAAAAAUGAUUGUAUAUCCUGAUUACUGUCCUUAAAGUUUAUGAAAAUGUACAUUUCCGCAGGUAUCGUAUGAACUGUAUGUACUGUAAUAAUAGUAUUCGAUUUAUAUUUAAUGGGCGUAAUGAAAUGAAUAGGUACAUUGAUGUUUCGAAUGAAAGAAUGUUUUAUAUGUGUGUCCUUUAUAUACCUUUUUAAGGCUCUGUCGCAGUAUGUGAAUUGUAAACUAAUGAAGAUAUUGUAUGUUUGUCCCAAUUAAAUGGUUUAAUAUAUAUUUUAAUAAAAUUA